AUGAAGCUCCCGGUUCUCACCGUGUUUGCCCUGGUGGCCCUGGCGCGCUGCGAGGAGGGCGCCAGGCUCCUGGCCUCCAAGUCUCUCCUGAACAGAUACGCGGUGGAGGGCAGGGACUUGACUUUGCAGUACAACAUCUACAACGUCGGCUCCAGUGCUGCUCUGGAUGUGGAGCUGUCGGAUGAUUCCUUCCCCCCGGAAGAUUUUGGCAUUGUCUCUGGGAUGCUCAACGUCAAGUGGGACAGGAUUGCUCCAGCAAGUAACGUGUCCCACACGGUGGUUCUGCGGCCUCUCAAAGCCGGUUACUUCAACUUCACCUCUGCCACCAUCACGUACCUGGCACAGGAGGGAGGGCAGGUUGUGGUUGGUUUCACGAGUGCUCCUGGGCAGGGAGGGAUCCUGGCUCAGCGUGAGUUUGACCGAAGGUUCUCCCCUCACUUUCUGGACUGGGCAGCUUUCGGGGUGAUGACUCUGCCCUCCAUCGGGAUCCCGCUGCUGCUGUGGUACUCGAGCAAGAGGAAGUAUGACACCCCCAAGACCAAAAAGAACUGAGCAAAGUCAAAUGUCACCAGCACCCCGAGAGCUCAGGCAGGAACAGACCUUAAACCAGAACAGCAGGUGUGUUGGGGUCACAACAGUCCCCCCUGCAGAGCCCGGCCUGGGC